AUGUUAACAUUUGCUCGACAUACGAAAAAUCUUUUCUUGACUGAAAAAUUUGUUCAGUUUAUUAAACCAGCACAAGCUUUUCUUUCUCAUGCACAAAAGUUCUCCGUUUCAUCAAGUGCUCAAAUGGGUUUUAAAUCAUCUUCAACAAAGAAAUUCGUUGCUUGUGCUUGGACUGGUGUUAAUAAUGAAAUACAUACAUUCCGCGCUCAUGAUCGAUCGCAUCCCGAUUCAUUCAAAAUCUAUCAAGAAUUGAAUAGAUUGACCAACGAACUAAUUCAACAUGGCUAUAAACCUGAUGGUUCAUGGAUUGUACGAGACAUCGGUGAAAAUGAUACAGUUCAAUCGAUCUUAUCAGAACAUUGUGAACGAUUAGCAAUUGUGUACAAUUUAAUUCAAAAUCCAACACCAACUAAAAUUCAAGUGGCUACAAAUCUACGAAUGUGUAUUGAUUGUCAUACGGCUACGAAACUAAUCGCAAAAGUUCGCAAAUGUGAGAUCAAGAUGAUAUAUCUAGCGCGGUUUCCUUUCCAUCGUUACCUAUCUAGUUUCACUGACUUAGGCUCUCAGAUGAAGAGGCUCAAUGAUACUAAUCAGUUUAAAAAGGCUCUCAGUUUAUAUCAAAAGGAAAUUGAGAAAACGAACAAGCCAGCAUCUAGUUUAGUAAUAAAUCAAGCUCUAAAAGCUUGCGUUGAACUUUCCGAUAUAAAACACGGAAAAGAUAUACAUAAAAAUCUCUCAUCUUAUCUCUCAAACAAUUCCUUCAUUCAAAUCAAUCUAAUCCGUCUAUAUAUGAAAUGUGGCGAAUAUGAAACAAGUUUAGACAUUUUCAAGAAUAGUAGAAAUAGGACAACACAAAUGUUUAAUUACAUUCUCGAUGGUCUUGUGAAUAAUCAUCGUUAUGACAUUGCAUCGAAGCUUUUCCAAGCACAGAACACAAUGGUGAAUGAAUAUACGUUUAGUAUGUUAUUCAAAGCUUGUACAAAUAGUUGCGAUCAACAAUCAUUGAACUUCAGCAAAAUGAUUUUUAAUCAAAUGCCAAAGAAAUUCAGCAAGAAUGAAGUAGUGACAACAUGUGCUUUGGAAAUGUUUGCCAAAUCUGGUGAUAUUUAUAAAGCAGAAGAGAUCUUUCAUCAAGUUUCGAAGAAAAACCCGAUCGUUUUUAGUGCAAUGAUGAAUGGUAAGCAGAUUGAUACAAUUUCUGUUGGUCAGUCAUUAACUGGCGUCGAUUUUGCAGGUUUUGUUUCGAAUAAACUGGAACAAAAAGCGAUUGACCUAUUUUUUCAAAUUGAUCAACCUGAUGAAAUCAUCUUGACAAUAUUUUUCAAUGCCUGUGCCCAAUCGAAAACUGAUCAUGCAUUGAGCUUAGGAAAGAAAGUCUUCAGACAGUUGGACCCAAAACUAAAACAAUCAAACAGUUUACUCUAUUCGGUUUUGAAUAUGUUUGUCAAAUGUAACGAUAUUUCAAAUGCGGAAUCAUUGUUUAAUCGAAUCAAACGAGAUGUUAUUUCUUAUGGAUCGAUGAUGAAGCUCUACAAUGUGCAAAAGCAACCGGAGAAGACUUGUGCUUUAUAUCAUAGAAUGAAAAUUGAUGGUUUACGUCCGAAUGAAUUUAUUUUCACUUUAGCUAUCGAUGCAUUCUCGAGAAUAGGUGAUAUUACGCUGGCGGAGUCGUUAAUUGAUGAAAUUCCUAAAGAUUUGCAAUUAAACCCAUGGAUUCAAAUUGGGUUGGUUGAUUUGUGGGGUAAAAUCGGUUGUCCAGAUAAAAGCAAAGAAAUAUUUGAUUUAAUUGAACAUCCUAACAACGUUGCAUAUGCAACUAUGAUUAAUAGUUUUGGUCUAAAUGGAAUGGGCUUAGAAGCAAUUGAAUUAUUCAAGAAAACUCCUGUGAAUUUAUUGGAUAAUGUCACAUAUAUAUGUGUUUUGAAUGCUUGUUCUCAUUCGGGCUUUGUUAAACAAGCUGAGAAAAUUUUCGAAGAAAUUCCCAUGAAUCAACGCACUGAACACGUUUAUACUGCUAUGAUCGAUGUUGUCAGCCGAGUGUUCCUUUUUGACCGUGCGCAAAUGUUACUCAAUGAAUACGAGAACAAACCAAACAGUCCUUCUCUUCCUAUGUAUAUGUCAUUAUUGUCAUCUGCUCGAAAUGCAAAAAACUUAUCAUUGGUAGACGAAAUAUAUCGUCGUAUGAAAUUCAAUUUUGGCCAUGAUGACAAUUCUCUCAUAUCAGCUAAAGUUCUUCUUGCCAAUGCACAUGCUUCAGCUGGAGAUCUUUCAACGUCAUCAGAUAUUCGAACGGAAAUCAAUCUGUCUGAAAAGAAAAAGGUUAUUGGCUGUUCAUGGACUGUCGUUGAUAAGAAGAUACAUGUAUUUCACGCUCAUGACAAAUCACACCCGGAUUCGUCAAGAAUCUAUGAAGAAUUGAAUCGAUUAACAAAUGAACUAAUUCGACAUGGUUAUAAACCUGAUGGCUAUUGGGUAACACGAGAAAUGGACGAAAAUGAAACAGUUCAAUCAGUUCUCUCGGGACAUAGUGAACGAUUGGCAAUUGUGUACAAUUUAAUUCAACGUCCGACACCAACACGCAUUCAAAUCGUAAAAAAUCUACGUAUUUGCGGAGAUUGUCAUAACGCUACGAAACUAAUCGCAAAAAUUCAUCAAUGCACCAUUAUUGUCCGCGAUGUAAAUCGAAUACAUCAUUUCUUUCCAAAUGGUAAAUGUUCAUGUAAAGAUAAUUUUUAA